AUGGCAAAACGGAAGAUCGACUUGUUUAUCGAAAUAAAAAACGAAAAGGAGUUUAAAAACAUAUUAAGGACGAAUUCAGAAGCCCUUAUCUGUGCCGAAGUGUAUAGCCAAUUCGUAGGCGCUUGUACUGCACUCGAUAGACUUUUCACGAUCAUCAAGUACGAUUGGAGCAAUGGGAAAAUUAUUCUGCUGAAGGUGCCGUCGGAUGAAGUGGAUUCAUUACGGAGAUUCCGCGAUCAAAGCGAACCAGUGUACUUGUUUAUUUUUAAACAAAAAGUUACAAACAUAUUUCGUGGGGUGGACAGCAUCAAAUUCGCAGAAGUAGCCAAACGUGAAGUGAAUAUUUACAAAAAGGAAAUAGAAGGAUACGAGAGCGAAAGACCAACGUAUGACCUGAGUGAGCCCACGCCCGACGAAAUUGUAUGGUUUAACAAAUUAUCUAUGGAAAAAGAGCUUGAGGUCGCCGCCCAGCAUGAUCGUCGAGUGGCUCGACAAGCUGCCCGGAAGCGACACCGAGCAGAACUGAUGGUGCCACAUCUAGAGAGAAUAAACUUUGUCUUGUUCUGGCCACACUGCAAGCACGCCCAUCCAGAGUUGUACGAGCAAUGGGAUCUAAACGGCAUAAUAAUGAUUGGCCGAGAAGAACUUAAUCUGACGAAGGAGAAAGCGGAAGAUAUACUCUAUGAAGGAGACGCGCCGAUCAAUGAGGCGUCAAUGCAGAUGCUUGUAUCAGGCACAGCUCUGGCUAUUUGCUUUCGAUUAUUGGACACCGAUAAGCAUUUUGUUUCUUUGGUUCGUAAAAUUUUAUAUGAAGAUAUCCAACAGUAUGACGAUGAUUCUUCAGCUAAAUCAUUCGGAACUGCUUUUGAUCACUACAAGAGUUACAGCCAGACUAAAGAGAAAAUUCUUCUGAAGCGGCACGAGGAGAAGGUCACAAGAAAGGCGGAGGAAAAAGAGAAAAAAUCUAGGAGACUAUCAGAAAUGAAGCGCCUUGCACUGCAAGCUCUUCAAGAAGCAAUCGAAGCGAAGAGGGCAAAGAGAGAGCAGAGAAAAUUAAAAUUGCUGAAAGCUGGCGAUCUGACUGCCUUGCAAAAUCUAAAAGAACAACCCAGCGAUGAUGAACUAAGUUUCGCGCAACCACAGCAGCCACAAGAAUCGUCCAGUGAUACAGACAGUCCUAGUGAGAGUAAUGAAGAAGAGUAUUUUCCUCCACCGGGCUUGGUUAUCCCAGGGUUUUAUGCUCCGCCUAACGAUAUAGCUAAGGCUAAUGGACUGGCCGUACUUUUCCCUAAGAUAGUUGUGGAAUAUGUUACACCGGAGCCGGAGUUCCUUCCGCCGCAUGUACUCGUGAUGCUGGAGGCUUGGAAACGUCACAAAGCCCUGAAAGUGCUGUCUAAAUAUGAGAACGCGGUUAUCCACGUCGGCAUAUUUGAAGCUACCACGCCAUACGACGGAGUUCAUAUUGCAUACAGCGUAAUGGAAUUCGACGCCGAUAAUACUUCUCAGAAGACGGAAAAUGUAAAGAUAGCGAUUAUGUUGUCUAUCGAGAAUGAUGUUCCUCUGCUGGAGCUAAUGGACUUGAAUCCAGUACAUGUGAGUCGCGAUCCGGUGGCAGGCGAGGAAGAAUGUUCAGCCAUGUUCCCUGUUGAUUACGCUGACAUGAAAAUCGAUUUGAAAGAUUUUCAAUUGAAUAAAUAA